ACCGCAUCCCGCCGCCCACCACUCGCCAAAAUGGGUAACCAACAGUCAGGGCUGCUCGACAACAUAGCCUCGGGCUCGAAUUUCGACCGCGAGGAGGUUGACCGCCUCAGGAAGCGAUUCAUGAAGCUUGACAAAGACAACUCGGGAACCAUUGAGCGCGACGAAUUCCUGGCCCUCCCCCAGAUCUCCUCGAACCCCCUCGCAACGCGCAUGAUUGCCAUCUUCGACGAGGAUGGCGGCGGUGACGUCGACUUCCAGGAGUUUGUCUCUGGCCUCUCGGCCUUCAGCAGCAAGGGCAACAAGGAGGAGAAGCUGCGCUUCGCAUUCCGCGUGUACGACAUUGAUCGCGACGGCUACAUCAGCAACGGCGAGCUCUUCAUAGUACUGAAAAUGAUGGUUGGAAGCAACCUGAAGGACCAGCAGCUACAGCAGAUUGUCGACAAGACCAUCAUGGAGGCCGACCUGGACCGCGACGGCAAGAUCAGCUUCGAGGAGUUUACCAAGAUGGUCGAGAACACGGAUGUCUCUAUGAGCAUGACCCUGGAUCAGUUCUAAGCGCUGUUUCUCUUCACAAAUGCAACAACAUUCCUGAUACGAGGAUUUUCUUGGCGAGGCGUUCACGGUUCUGCAGGCACACUUGGGAACAGGCUUGAAAGUAUUUGAUAUUCAUCAAUCCAGGGCUUUGACCCUGAACAUGAGCAAGACGUAUUUGGGUGCUGACCUUAACACGAGGCAUCUGUGCAGCUCAUUGAGUGUAUGUAUCACUAUGGAAGAGACCAAAGCGACCCCUCCACAACACAAGAGAUACCCCCCUCGACCUUUGCUUUAGCCAUCAAACUAUAAAUG